AUGAAGAUCUACGCGACAGCCGUGCUGCUUGCAAGUGCUUGGCCGACGCUCGUAGCAGCACUGCCUUCAUCCAGCAGAAAUUUGAACCCGAGUGCGCCAACUGGCUCUUCCAACGUCGUCACCGUUUCCGUUUGCAAUACCAAAUACCAAUAUGCCUCCAAGAACUGUGCCCCAACAAAAGUGACGACCAUUACUCUCCCGCCAAAAACGAUCACGCUCACGGUUUCUACAACUACAACAAGUACUCUGACACCCAUCGCCAGUGUAAUAACAGCGACAGCUACAAGGACCGCUACGGCAACAGUCACGGGCCCUACUAAUACUGCUACUGUGUCAACAACGGCGACCGUCGUGGUAACUCUGAGCACUACCAGCACGACCACCCAGACAUCUGCAAUUACUGCAUCAGUCAUAACCUCUACUACAACUAUAACAAUAACAGUGCCCACUCCGCCUGGCUUUACCAAUGUCUACGACUCGAGCGGGCUGACCAACUUUAUGCCGAUGAAGCGCGACGAACUGCACAUCGAGCGCAGCCCGAAAGUUCCGUACAACAAUUAUAAGUACGGAAAAGUUGUCAUUUGCACCGUAUCUGUCCAGACCAAAGUCACAAAAACCAUCACCCAGACGAGGACAGUCACAGUCACUGGGCCUACGCAGAUCUCGACGGUGGUUGCGCUCACGACCACGACUUUAACAUCAACUGUCGUGCCCCCGGAGGCGACCGUGACUUCCUCGACCACACUGACCUCUACAACAGUGCUUUCAUUGACCACGGCGGUCACAUCUUUCAUCACGACCACGGGGGCAGUUACCGCUACCAACACAUCUAGUGUCUAUGCCGCUUGCCAAACCAACAACAUCCUAGGCCCAAGGAUCGCGAAUGGAUCUUAUAUUGUCGGGAGCAACCCCAUUGACACCACUGACAUCGAUUUCUUUGUUGCUCCCUCCGCGUAUGACUGCUGUGUGGCAUGCAUGAACACACCCGGCUGCCAGUAUAGCCAGUUCUAUUCUACCGACAGUAUGCAAACCACGUGUGUCACCAUUUCCAAUGCAACGGUUUGCAACCCUGGAACAUUGGCCGGAUACAUUGCCAUAGCUGUCAACCCCCCGCCGGCUAACAUAUCCGUGUCGAAUGGGGCUUGUGGUGUAUUGCACUAA